AAGAGGAUGGAAAGGUAGUAGUGAAAAGCGUGUUAGUUUUAGUUUUUGCACCUCCUACUCCAAAGACACUCUCUCUGACCCUCUCUCUCCCACAGUCGAUAACCGGCGCCGCCUUCUCUCUCUCUCAACUUCCCAAGCUCGUGCCACGCGAGGCCAGCACCGUUCUGAGUCCAACUCCACCGCCGGCGGACGGAGUCCAAGCUUCCGCUGCCUCCUUCUUCUUCAUGUUUAUCAACAUUGCUCCAUUGAAAUGAUAAAAAAAGAGCUGGAACUUUUAGAGUGAAAAAAGAUGUAUGGCAGUGGAGGAAGGUGGUUGCGCUUCUUUGUUCAAUUCAAGCUUUUUCCAACAACACCAUUCUGCAACAAAUCUGUCCAGAACCGUUCCUUUUGUACUCCGGCGAAUAACAAUACCAAUAAUAACAGCAUCGUUACUGAUGAAAGGUAUCGGCAGCUCGAAAAUCUCGACAUGAUGACUGCUGCUAAGAUCCUUUUCACUGAUCCCCCAAAGAAGAAAAAGUUUGGGUUUGAUUUCCAUCUUGUGCAAUUUUUUUUUGCGUGCAUGCCUUCCUUGGCUGUAUAUUUGGUGGCGCAGUACGCUCGUUAUGAAAUAAGAAAAAUGGAAGGGGAAGUGGAGCAGAAAAGGAAGAAGAAGGCAGAAGAAGAAGCAAAGGAAAGAGAAAAAGAAUUGGAACUAAAUCCCCCAGAGGAAAAGGAAACAAAAUCUGAUUCCCAGCUAUCAGAGGUGAAAGAGAGACUUGACAAACUUGAAGAGACAGUAAAGGAGAUUGCUGUUGUAACAAAGAAGCAAUCAAGCAGCAACAUAGACACAAAUCAGGUAACUGGUGAUGAGAAAAAACCCAUAAAUUUUUCUGCACCAACGAACACGAGUUGCAGUUCAGCAUCUCUCAAGUCAAAGCCAGAAUUAGAUGAAGAAAGUAAAGGUUCAGUGGCAACACCAAAUUCUUCUCUUCAGGAUCCAACAGGCCAGAAUCAAAGUGGAAGAGCUUCUUAAGGUGCUUGGAUCUUAAGAACAUUUUUGAAGUCAAAGUACAUAAUACAUCAGAAGCUGUAUGCAUGGCCCUUCUUAUUGGUAUUUUUUUGUUAAGAAGUGAAUAGUUAGUAAAUUAUGCUUCACAUGUUACCAAACUUGUCAUCCCCCUUUCCUCCUAGGGGAUGAUUUUUGAAUUUAUGUUGGGAAGGAAAAUUGAAAUGGGAAAGCUAUCUUUGUUGCAUCAGUUUGAUAGCUGUAGGGGGAAACCUGAAAGCCAUUCAUAGCUGGGUUUUAUGCUGUCUGCAAUCAUGCAAGAUUUCAUGGAAGAAUUCAGUAAAUUGAUAGAUAUUGCCUAGGCCAUGAUCAUUUUGCAUGUCUUGAGAAAUUUGGAUGCAUCAUGCAUGUCAUCUCUUCAUGAAAUGAUUGACUGGAUAUCAUGAUUCUCUCUAUCAGGCAGUUCACUUUGCUUCUUUCCAUGAUAUAAUUAAAUCCAAAAUUGAUAGAGAAGAAAGGAGAUAUUAAUGUGUGAAAAAUUUCUAUCCAUUGAUCUA